GACAGUGCUUCGCAGCCUAUAAAUGUGAGACGAACAGUUACGGUUUUCAGUCCAGUUUUCCUACGUUGUUAGCGGUGGCAUUUUCAGUUUUCUCUGUCCAAAUGGCACUUUUACGCAGAGUUGCAUCUCGUCAGCUGCGGCAUUUACUCUGCAAUGGACACAACCUUGGAAGGCCGCAGAAUGCACGUCUGAUCGCUACGUCGCUUGAUCCAACAAUUGGGCUUACUGAAGAGCAGAUCCAGAUGCAAAAGAUGGCGUCUGAGUUUGCCCAGAAAGAGAUGCUUCCUUUCAUGCAGGAGUGGGAUGAAAAGGAAUACUUCCCUGUCGAAGCAAUGAGGAAAGCAGCAGAGCUUGGCUUUGGUGGAGUCUACAUAUCAGACCAAUAUGGUGGUUCGGGACUGUCUAGGGUAGACGCAUCUGUCAUUUUUGAAGCCCUUUCAGAAGGCUGUGUUAGUACAACUGCAUACAUUAGUAUUCAUAACAUGGCAAUAUACAUGAUCGAUGCCUUCGGUAACGACGAGCAGAAGCAAAGAUGGUUGCCACAACUUUGCACAAUGGAAAAAUUUGCUUCCUACUGCUUGACAGAACCAGGCGCUGGCAGUGAUGCUGCUUCUCUUGCCACAACUGCAAAGCGUGAUGGUGAUGAUUACAUUCUCAAUGGCAGUAAGGCUUUCAUCAGUGGUUCUGGAGACAGUGACGUGUAUGUUGUCAUGUGUCGCACCGGAGGACGAGGCCCCAAGGGCAUCUCUACCGUUGUUGUUGAAAAAGGCACUCCUGGUCUCAGCUUUGGAAAGAAGGAGAAGAAGCUUGGAUGGAACACACAGCCAACUCGAAUGGUGAUCUUUGAAGAUUGCCGUGUCCCUGUAUCACACCGUCUUGGUGAAGAAGGUAAAGGCUUCACGUUUGCCAUGCAUGGCCUCAACGGAGGACGAGUAAACAUUGCCUCUUGCUCAAUGGGUGCUGCUGCUGCUAGCAUCAACAUUGCCGUCGAGCAUCUCAAGGUCCGGAAACAAUUUGGCAAGCCACUUGCAGAGUUUCAGAACCACCAGUUCAACUUGGCCAAGAUGGCUACUGCCCUGCAGACGUCACGCUUAAUAGUGCGAAAAGCGGCUGCAUCUAUUGAUGAUAACCUACCUGAGCAGACCACCUUGUGUGCCAUGGCCAAGAUGUAUGGAACGGAUGCUGGAUUUAAGAUAACAAACCAGGCGUUGCAAAUGUUGGGUGGUUAUGGCUUCAUCAAAGAAUACCCAGUUCAGCAAUACCUGAGGGAUCUUCGCGCGCACCAAAUUAUUGAAGGAACCAAUGAAGUUAUGCAGAUGGUGAUCUCAAGAGACAUCUUAAAGUCCUGAAAGCUAUAGAUCUUGAAAUAGAGGCAUUUUUGUCGCCAAAUUCCAUUCAGAGAUUCUGGGCACUACUGGAGUACUGGAAGUUACAUUUCUUCAGCAAACUUUGUUGGAAGAUAUUGGACUCAAGGCUUUGGUGGAUGCAACAAGUAUGACGAGACCUAAAUUAAUUGGCCUUAUUCGGCUAAACCAACAUUGUAGUUGAUACGGACAUUGUUACAUACCUUUUUGAACUAAGUGCCGAUAAUUUAUUUUUUUUUUGUUCAUUGCCAACAAAGGAGGAAACCUGGACUGUUUCUGACCGUUAUGUUUGUGAAUACUAUUUUUCAAAGGCUGUACAAUUUUGUUGAUACUAGUUGUUGUCACUAGUUGAUGCCAAAUAUUUAAAAUAUCUGGCUACAGAGGAAACAGAAGAAUAAAAGAUUUUUCAUAGCA